AUGGCUCCAACGCCUUCUUCUUCCAAAUCCAAUCACAGCCACACAUCUCUGAUGAAGACCCCACAAUCCAAGCAGCGUCUCCAGUUCUUGAAAGCACACCCAUCUCCAAACCCUAACUCUGCCGCAAAAGAACCACCCGCAGAGCACCCAGUUGAAGUCCUAGCCCGAAUCCGAGAUUACCCAGAUCGAAAAGAACCACAACCAACAUCGGUUCUUCAGAUCAAUCCUCAAAAGCAGAGUAUUCGUGUCCGUGCUGAUUUUGGGUACCGAGAUUUCGCUCUCGACGGGGUUUCUUUAUCGGAAGAAGACGAUUUGGGGUCGUUUUACAGCAAGUUUGUUCAGUCCAGGAUUGACAGUGUGAAAUUGGGUGAAAAAUGUACAAUAAUGAUGUACGGUCCUACUGGUUCAGGCAAGAGUCACACCAUGUUUGGGUGUUGCAAGCAACCUGGGAUUGUGUACAGGUCGCUGAAAGACAUUCUUGGCGAUGGUGGAGAAGAUGAUUGUGCGGGUUCUAUGGCUGGGGCCUUUGUGCAGGUCACUGUUUUGGAGAUUUAUAAUGAGGAGAUUUAUGAUUUAUUGUCAACCAAUGGUGGCGGAGGAUUCGGCUUUGGAUGGUCAAAGGGCAACGGCUCCAAUUCUAAGGUUAGGCUUGAAGUGAUGGGAAAGAAGGCAAAGAAUGCAACCUACAUUUCUGGAAAUGAGGCUGGGAAAAUUUCCAAAGAAAUUCAGAAAGUGGAGAAGAGAAGGAUUGUUAAGAGUACUCUUUGCAAUGAAAGAAGUUCUCGGAGCCAUUGCAUGAUAAUCCUUGAUGUCCCAACAGUAGGAGGACGCCUGAUGCUUGUGGACAUGGCUGGCUCUGAAAAUAUUGAGCAAGCUGGCCAAAUUGGAUUUGAGGCAAAAAUGCAGACUGCAAAGAUCAACCAAGGAAACAUUGCUCUCAAAAGAGUGGUUGAAUCCAUUGCCAAUGGUGAUUCUCAUGUGCCUUUCAGAGACAGCAAACUGACCAUGCUUCUACAGGAUUCUUUCGAAGAUGAUAAAACAAAAAUUUUAAUGGUACUGUGUGCAAGCCCAGACCCAAAGGAAAUACACAAGACAAUCUCCACCCUUGAAUAUGGUGCAAAAGCAAAAUGUAUUGUCCGUGGCCCUCAUACACCAAUCAAGGAUAAAAUUGGGACUGAAGAUUCAUCUGCUGUUAUUUUAGGAUCAAGGAUUGCUGCCAUGGAUGAAUUCAUCCUUAAACUGCAAAGAGAAAAUAAGCUCAAAGAGAAAGAGCGAAAUGAAGCACACAGGGAGUUACAGAAGAAAGAAGAAGAGGUUGCUGCACUGAGAGCUAAACUUGAGCUUAUGGAAGGGACGGGAUCUGGGAAACAGGAGGAAGAAAUCAACUUGAAGGUGACUGAAGUGGCCCAGACUCUGAAACGUGAGUUGGAAAAGAAGUUGGAGGAAUGCCAGCGUAUGGCAAAUGAGUUUGUUGAAUUGGAGAGGAGGAGAAUGGAAGAAAAGAUAUUGCAGCAGCAGCAGGAAGUUGAAAUGCUGAGGCGGCGGUUGGAGGAAAUUGAGCUUGAGCUAUGCCGCUCAGGUGAUGGAAAUGGUAAGGAGAGUGGGACAAAGGACCAUGAUGGAACCCAGUUUGCCAAAAGGUUGUUAGGGAUCUAUGCCAGUGAUGAUGCAGGAGGAAUGGUAAAGUCAAUGGAUUUGGACAUGGAUGAUCAAGAACCUUUUGCCCGUGAGGUGAAAUAUGUAGGUGGGGUUGCUUAUCAAUCUGACAGCAGUAUUGUAAAUGCUGUAAACAUUGAUUCUUUUGAACCAAAAUAUGCUGAUAGGGUAUGCCUAAGCACUGUUUUUGAGGAAGAAGAAAUGGAAGAAGAGGAAGGACUUAAGGAAAAUGUGGAAGCUGAAGAAGUGGAGAAAGAAGUUAUAGAGGAAAAAAGAGUGUGCAUGGUUGAUGGGUCUAGCCUCCAGAGUAAUUAUAAUAUGGGAUCCCUGACAUCUUUACCUAAGGAUUAUCAACAUACACCAACUGUGAAUCGGCCAAGCAGAAAUCCAGGGGAAGAAGAUGGCAAGGGGGGACCAGAUGAUAGGCUUGUCAGGAUCCGCAACAUAUUUACACUAUGUGGAAACUACAGAGAGCUCUCUCAACAUGUGACAAGUCCAGCACCUACUGUUGCAUCAGUUAAAUCAGAAAAUGAGCAGAAACUGACAGAAGAGAUGAACAAAAGUCGAGUAUGUGAUGAGAUGGCAUUGGCUUCCAAGGAGAACUACAACCCUUCAGAUGUGGUCACUGAUGCAGAUACUGAAGUGUAUGUGAAAUGGGAGGCUUCAAAAGAGAAUCCAGGGAAGUUCAUUACAACACUCAAGGUUGUAAAAGAUGCAAGCCUUGCUGACCUGCGAAAGUUGAUUGAAAUUUAUCUUGGUGCAGACAAUCAAGCAUUCACUUUUCUCAUGCUUGGGGACCCCACUGGAGCUUCAGUACCAAAGGAGAAGGAAGCAACAAUUCAGGCCACUAAGCUUCCUCUAUGCAACAAUAAAUCAAAUGGCUACCUUGCUAGCUUGAGACCACUGAAGGGAAUGCAAAGCCCAAGUCAGCUCCCUUUAAGUCCUCUUCCAUUGAAAUCACUGGAAAAUAGACUACCACUCACCCCAAGUUCCUGCUUCUCUGUCCAAGGUGAUUGUAUGACACCCAAAGUAGCACCAAACUUAGGUUCUACUCCUUAUAUUACUGUCAGGAGACAUUAG